UGUGCCAUAAGAGCUGCAGUGUUGCGCGUGGGGCGGUUCACACCGGAGGGGGCUGGCGGCAGCAGCAGAAAUCAAUAGUCUGGGGCUGGUUUUUCCCAGGCACAACAUCUCGGGCUGGCUAUAUAACAAGGAGCAUCCACACCCCUCUCAGCAUCAGCAGGAGCCGCAGCCCCCGAGAGAGAGGCACAGGCAGGGCGAGGCACCGGGGGAGAGAGCCCAGCGAGGGGGGAGUGGGCAGCAAGGGGCAGCGCGUUCCUCUGGCCAAGGGAAAUGUGCGGAGCUGCCGCAGUUUGGGACUCGCAGGGCGCGCUGCUGCUCUGAGAGCUCGCGGUGCUGGUGCAAGGGGGGGACCUGUGGCUGCUGGAGCAUCUCCAAGGGGGGAGUGGUGGGUGCAGGUGCAGCAGCCCGUGCUUGGUGCCGCCUUUGUUUUCUGUUGGGACUCGCCCGUCGCUAUGAGCGCCUCUCCCUCCAGAGUGAUCCCCCUGCUGCUGGGUGCCGUGAUGCUGUGGGGGCCGAGCUGCCUCUCCCUGCGAGUCCUCAGCGGUCAAAAAGUGUGUUAUGGAGAUAUCAAGCAUCCCUGUUACAAGAUAGCCUACUUCCAGGAUUUGUCAAGACGUGUGGGCUUCCAGGAGGCCCGCCAUGCCUGUGAAAUCGACGGUGGUGUGCUUUUAAGUCUGGAAAGUGAAGCUGAACAGAAGCUCAUAGAAAACAUGUUACAAAACCUCACUAAGUCAGGCUCUGGGAUUUCUGAUGGUGACUUCUGGAUUGGAUUGUGGAGAAGCGGAGAGGGACAAGCAACAUCGAGUGCUUGCCCUGAGCUCUACCAGUGGACUGAUGGAACCAUUUCAUCAUUCAGAAAUUGGUAUACGGAUGAGCCUUCCUGUGGAAGUGAAGCUUGUGUUGUGAUGUAUCAUCAACCAACUGCAAACCCUGGCCUGGGGGGGGCUUACCUUUACCAGUGGAAUGACGACAGAUGCAACAUGAAGCACAAUUUUAUCUGCAAGUAUAGUCCAGAUAAUGUCCUAGAAAAAGAACUAGGUGACAGAACAGACACAGAUUAUGAGGUUUUUCCAUCAGUGGCAGCAGGAAAGCCUUAUGAUGAAAACAAACCAGAAGAUAAUUCUCAUGUAGUUGUUACUGAAACAGGUAUAAUUCCAAAUUUAAUUUAUGUUGUUAUACCAACCAUACCACUGCUGUUGUUGAUAUUAGUGGCUUUUGGUACGUGCUGUUUCCAGAUGCUAAACAAAAGUAAAGGAAGAACAAAAACCAGCCCAAACCAGUCCACAUUAUGGAUUUCAAAGAACCCCAGGAAGGACAGUACCAUGGAGGUAUAACAAUUUAAUGACUGAAAACAAAGCAAAAAUAAUAUUUUACAGUCGGGCUCUAUUAUAAUGUCAUCUCAGCACAUUAGCUUGGAAUGGCUUGAGAUUGCAAUGGAUCAGCAAGAUGAACUGUAAGCUCCCCCUUGAGGCAACUAUUCAGAUCAUUUUUGUAUGUAACAUUUGAUUAUUAAUUAAAUGAAACAUGUCAUGCUAAAUAAAGAAAGAGGAUGUGUCUAUUUUGCUAAGGGAAGUAACUCGGCUACAACUGAGCAAUGGAAUGGACAAUGCAUUUGAAGUUUAUAGGGGGAAAUAUCUACAAUAUGUGUCAGUUUUCAAAUUGUUUGUAGUAAUCAUAACAUUUUUAUUUCCUGUAGUCCCUCAUACAUUCUACUUUAGUUGAUGUACUGUAAAUUGAAUGGACAUAAAUUUACAGUGUAACAAAAUAAUUUAU